AUGCACGACUGCGCGUACGACUACUACGGACGACGCGUCGCGACGUGCUCGAGCGACCGAACGAUUCGAAUCUUUGACGGAGAGGCGAAUCGCGCGCGAGGGACGCACGUGGCGACGAUCACGGGACACGAUGGACCGGUGUGGAGCGCGAGGUGGGCGCAUCCGAAGUUUGGAACGCUGCUCGCGAGCGCGAGCUUCGAUCAUCACGUGCGCGUGCACAAGGAGACGGAACCGAACGCGUUUUCGCUGGCGUACCAGACGCCGACGGGAACGCACGACGGGAGCGUGAACGCCAUCGCUUGGGCGCCGCAUGAGUACGGGGCGAAGCUGGCGUGCGCGUCGAGCGAUGGGUCGAUCUCCGUGAUCUCCUACGACGGCCAAGCGAGCUGGACGGUGGAGAAGAUUCCAAACGCGCACGCCAUCGGGUGCACGGGGGUGUCGUGGGCGCCCGCGGCGACGCCGGGGGCGCUGGUGAGCGCGGGUGGGGGCGCGAGCGUCGUCGACGCCAAGCGUUUAGUGACGUGUGGAUGCGACAACUUGGUGAAAAUUUGGAGAUUUGACGAGGAGCGACGCGUUUGGGGAUGCGAAGCCACGCUGAGCGCGCACGGCGACUGGGUGCGCGACGUCGCGUGGAGCGAAAACAUGGGUCUUCCCAUGAACACCAUCGCAUCGUGCGGGCAGGACGGCAAGGUGUUCAUUUGGACUCAAAGCGAACCGCGCGGAGCGUGGCAAUCGCGCGAGCUGCACGAUUUCGGCGCGCCGGUGUGGCGCGUGUCGUGGAGCACGAUGGGCAACAUUCUCGCCGUGAGCGACGGGAACAACACGGUGACGGUGUGGAAGGAAUCUUUGGACGGCGCGUGGAAUCAGAUCUCCGCCGCGGCGUGA